CAAUGCUCGGAAACAUUCUGCAGCACUGGCAGUCUUACAGGAAAUACAGAGCGUACUCCGCUGACGAUUUUGACCUGUAGCACUGAGGCCGAGUGGAUUGAUACCGAAGAUGCUCCGUACACAUUGGCGCAGUGUGAAAAACCUUGUGACCAAUGCCCAGCACUGACGAACACUGGCAUGACAUGCCUUUCUGGCUUCGUCUGCACUCCUGUGACGAUCAACACCGAUGGACAAUGUCCAGCAGCAUCUUGUGAAAGCGGUCACAUGACUGCAGGAGAUGGACGGACUACUGUCCCGUCGUUGUCCUGUAACGGCUUAGCUGAGUGGGUCGACCCACAGGAAACCGUCUAUACAAAAGCUCAAUGCGAAACAGGUUGCACAUGUCCUCCACUGCCCAUCUCUCAAGCUCCUAGUCCACCAGCAGCACGUGGAAACCAACUGGGAGCGGAUGCUAAUGGCUGUUCAGUUCUGAACACACAAUGUCGGCGAAAUGAUCUGUAUAGACUUGUUACUGCCAACGGUGUUGUUACUUUGCCGGCACCGGCUGCUACAAACACACCAAUGACUUGUGUUGAUGGAAAAUGGAUGGCAACAAUAAAUGGUGUCGAAACUGAGGUUCAGGAGCAGGCUUGCUACUCAGAAUACGCUUGCCUGUUUUGUGGUAAUGUGAAUGCUGGUACUGGAGUUACUGUACAACUUGAAUACAAUCCGACAACUUGGUGUAAACAAUACACGUUAAGCGGUUGUCCACAAGGAUAUAGAAUCGGUCGAACUACGAUCACUGGUGUUCUCACAUGUGAUCGUUUUACCAGAUGGACAAGCGGCUCGUACACCGGCAAUCUUCUACAGUCCGUCACAGUUCAAUGCCUUUAG